AUGUCCCACUACGCCGAUAGAAAAGACCUCUUCCCCAUGCAAGGCGGCUGCCCCUGCGGCCACAUCCGCUACCAAAUCAACCUCCCGCCCCUCCUCGUCCAGACCUGCCACUGCACCCUCUGCCAGCGUCAAAUGGGCAGCGCCUUUGCCAUCAACGCCGUCAUCGAAUCCUCCGCCGUCUCUCUCCUGCCCUCUGCCCCGCUCACCACGCCGCUCAGCAAAGCCGAACAGUCUUCUUCAUCUCCAUCCUCCGGCUCUGUGUGCGGCGUCCUCCCCGCCUUUGCCGACCUCACAAACGCUGCUACCACCGCAAUUGUCACUCUUCCUACAGACAACAACAAUGCUGCCCACAAUGCUGCCAACAAUCACAAAAUAAACAAGCCCAUCCUCGUCGCCCUCCCUACCCAGUCCAAAGUCGGCCAAACCGUCGCCCAGUGCCCUCUCUGCCGCGGCAACCUCUGGAGCUACUACGCCGACGCCGGCACGCUGGUCACGUACCUCAUCGCCAGCACUCUCGACCGCCCAUGGGAGCUCGAGCCCGACGUGCACAUCUUCACCCGCAGCCGCAGGGAGUUUGUCUCGCUCAACGACGGGAAGCCCCAAUUUAAAGAAAAUUAUCCCGAUAGAGCAGUAUUUUAUAGGCCUGACACGAAGGAGAGGGUUGAUGCGUUGACGGAACUGCAGGGGGCGUGGAGGAAACAGAUUAGAGCUGCUUACAAGGCUCAAUUUGCCAAGAUUUAG